CCAUGUUGCAAUAUGGGAGGAGAGAGCACAAAUGACAAGGCGGCAGGGACGGAAGUUCCAUAGGUCAAAAGAACAUUGGAGAGGCAAGGCUGCUUUUCUUUCUUCCCUACCAGGUAAGCUUGCUUUCCUUUACCUGCUUUCCUUUUCUCCCAUUAAGAAAAUUUAACUUGAUUCUCAUUCUGUGCUUAUAGAAGACACUAUAUUUUGCACAUGCAUUUUGAAGGAGUCUAUUGAUUUUAGGCUGUUUGCAUUACAUAUCACCUACUGAACUAAGGUUUGGGACAUUUUUGCCUUGCGGUAUAGGUUGUGGAUUAAGACUUCACCCAGAGACAAAUCUACAGGAGAAGUAAAAGUUAGGGCUUGCCAGAUUUGCAUAGGAAAAUAAGCAUAUGCAGGAUGGUGAAAUUUGCAUUGACUUUAUGUGCCUGAGUUCCUCUGUAGUGGUUUUGCUGGUUUAUUCAGCCUUAGCUGGGGAAUCGGGAGGAACUAAACUUUUCCUCUUUUGCUACACAAAAUUAGUCAAUUUGCUUAUCCAGUGCUGGCUACUCUGUCCGGGUAUGUUAUAUAGUGGUGGAGGUGGGUGAGGCCAAAUAACAGGCAAAACCAGAUUCUUUUGUAUGUGCUAGGAUGAUAUAUACUCUCUCAAGGCAAGUCUCCUGAAGACAAUUUAAAUCAGGGUAUUUGGAGCAACCCCAUGGCAGAAAUAUUUUGUCUCCCAUGUAAAAAUCCCCUUGCCUCCAAUAACCUUUUCACAGUCUUUUUCUCCUACCCCUUCCAAAUCCUUACCAGUCCCCUUGAUAUACUGGGAAUGUGCAUUGUGUGGCCUUAGGAAACAGGUUUAAAUACUAAUACAUCUACAUUUCCUCCUGGCAAGAGCUGCAUCACGACUGAAGAAUGUCUUCCAUUUUAAAAGGUGGGUCACUUUUGCUUUGUAUCUAUACUGAGAAUACUUCUGUUAACAAAGAAGUAGUUACUGUACAUGAAGCUGGGUGAGGCAGUUGCCUCAGGCAGCACCUCUCAGGCAGCAUUACCCUAUUCCGUUGCCCAGCUUUGCCGUUGGUCUUCCCAGCCUCUAGGGGCAGAGAGGGACUGGUGGCAAAGCUCUGUGGAAUGCCUCCCCUCCUACUAGUCAGCGAGAAGGGUUCCACCACAUGGUAGCGUGGUAGGGCUUUGCACUGGCUUCUCCUGAAAGGAUAUGCAAAACCCCUUGGCCGGUGGGAGGGAGGGGAUCUGGAAUGGAUUUCCCCCACCACCUAGCAGGGGAGACUCCUUACGAAGCUUGUUCCCCCAUCGUGUGGGCAGCAGCAGGGCAUUUCACCUGGUGAGCUAUAGGUUCCCCAUCUUUGCAAAAAAGCAUGGAUGACCAAGUUGUGGCAUACACAACAGUGGUUUGUGGCAUUCCUAGACUGAAGGCUGAAGGGCCUUUGGUAAAGUGCCUAUAGCAGAAAAGCAGACUUGCAAAGCCUUGGCAUGUGGCACACUUGGCAAAAGCAAGGAUGGCUACCACUGCAAUAGUGUUUGGAAGUUUUCUUGGCUGGGGAAUGCAGAUGCAUCACGACUGAAGAAUGUCUUCCAUUUUAAAAGGUGGGUCACUUUUGCUUUGUAUCUAUACUGAGAAUACUUCUGUUAACAAAGAAGCAGUUACUGUACAUGAAGCUGGGUGAGGCAGUUGCCUCAGGCAGCACCUCUCAGGCAGCAUUACCCUAUUCCGUUGCCCAGCUUUGCCGUUGGUCUUCCCAGCCUCUAGGGGCAGAGAGGGACUGGUGGCAAAGCUCUGUGGAAUGCCUCCCCUCCUACUAGUCAGCGAGAAGGGUUCCACCACAUGGUAGCGUGGUAGGGCUUUGCACUGGCUUCUCCUGAAAGGAUAUGCAAAACCCCUUGGCCGGUGGGAGGGAGGGGAUCUGGAAUGGAUUUCCCCCACCACCUAGCAGGGAGACUCCUUACGAGCUUGUUCCCCCAUCGUGUGGGCAGCAGCAGGGCAUUUCACCUGGUGAGCUAUAGGUUCCCCAUCUUUGCAAAAAAGCAUGGAUGACCAAGUUGUGGCAUACACAACAGUGGUUUGUGGCAUUCCUAGACUGAAGGCUGAAGGGCCUUUGGUAAAGUGCCUAUAGCAGAAAAGCAGACUUGCAAAGCCAAGUGUGGCACACUUGGCAAAAGCAAGGAUGGCUACCACUGCAAUAGUGUUUGGAAGUUUUCUUGGCUGGGGAAUGCAGAUGAAGGUGAUGGAUCUUUGACUUCACUUUGUAAACGUCACAGCAUCUCUGCUUCCUGUUUCUCUGUUUUCUUUCAUCUCAUAACCAUUAGUGUUUGGGAGAGACGAGAAGGAAAAGGAAAAAGAAAAGGAAAAAAGCCACAAAGAGGGUGAGAAGAAAGAUAAGAAAAAGAAAAAGGAGAAAAAGGUAAGAAAAAGGAUGCUGAAUUAGAGGUGGCUUUUCUUACAGUUGGGAGGCAUGUCUCCACCCAAUGCACAUUUACUUGCUUGGUUCCCUUCAAGUCCCUCAAGUGAAGCUGUCACCUGUUCAUGAGUUGUCACCUGCGAAUGUCUCAAAUGCACACAUCUCAGCUUAACUCUGAAGUCUGAUGUAAGGUGGUUUCAUCAAACUACAAAAUAGAUACAGACUGUGGUGAUUGUCAGGGUGCACAUGGCUUCAAACAUCAGUGGUGAGAGAGCACUGGAAUUGGAGUAAAUGGUUAUGCAUACACACCUUCAGUCUCUUUCAUUUGGUGAGACAGAUGAUUCCUCAGUACAAUGUCCUGAAAGCCUUUGAGUGGUCUUCAAGUAAGUUUUACUUAGAGUAGACAGUGGCGGAGUUUCAUGCUCCAGCACUGGGGGGGUGGAGAGCAGGCGUGGGUGUGGCUGGCGUUCAUCCCGGGGGUGUGGUGCACGUUCUGGGGGCGUGGCCUGCUGCCUGCUGGGGUGUGGUGCCCAGCAUGGACAGGGGGGCAGCUGCGAUGGCACCCCACCAGGAUUGCGCUGCUGGGGACGGUGCGUUCCCCCUGCCCCCAGCUUCCUCCGCCAGUGAGAAUAGACCCAUUGAAAGUAAUGGACCUUAGUCAUGUUCAUUAAUUUCAGUGUAUCUAGUGUGAAUAAAAUUUAGUUUACUAGUACUCUUUAAAACCAUUCCAAAUGCCCCACAGAAUGAUGGUCAUUGGCUAGCUUUGUAUAUCCUGAUGCAUGAAUUUGCAAAAAUCAAUACAGUAAACACAAUCCAAUUUUAUGAAGUAGCAUGGAAAUCUUUAAUAGCUCAUUCACUGUCUGUGCCAUAUGAAAUCAUCACAUCAGAGCUACUGCAAGCUCGUUUCUUCUGCUCAGAUGGCAGAACUAUUUAUCACUCUGAGGCAGCAGCUGCUCCUGUAAAGCUACAUUGAUCCAAUUAAUUACAUGAUGUUGCAGUUUGUGAGAAUUUGUCCUACAAUGGGAGUUCAAAUUAUAGGUGAUGUCAGUGGCCGCAAAGGACUGACCACAUUCUACCAACAUCCUCCACGAGGAAUACAUUUAUGCAGAUCAGGAAAUUCAUUUAUUUGUGUAACACUUCAAAAAGAUGUAUACAGUAGUUGCUUCACUUUUAUAUUCUCUGUGCCAAUGUGAGUGUAGGUGGCAAGAAGAAAGAUAUAGGAAUGUGAAGGGUAGUGAAAGUUUGGAAUAAAGGUCUAUGACUGGAGGCUAUGAAAGAAGGCUUAAAACUCAUAAUCUUUUACAGACACUGGCUCAGAUUGUGCAUCUUGGUAAACUACUGCUGAGAAGAAUUGUUUAUCUAACUGUGAGGCUCCCACACAGUGGGUCUGCAAGACAUAACAUGCCACAAUCACUAUUUGGCUAUGAUUCAUCACUUGUUUUCUUAAGACCUUUGAAAGCAAUGCAGUUCAGCUGACUGUUUCCUCCCUGCUCUGUAUGUGAGUCAACCUGGGCCCAGCUUGGAUAACUAAAGGGAAAUUUUUAAUCGGGGAAAAUGCCUACAGAACUCAGCAUUUAAUAGGGAGAUAGAAAGACGCUGUUGCGAAAUGUAGGGGGAAAACAGCUGGAUGGGUGUGUAGCAUCUUUCAAAGGGCGCAUGAUGAGUGAGCUUUUAGGCUAGAAUGAGAGUGCGGUGAUUUUUUUUACCCUUUAGAAUCCACUUUCAUGUUCCCACAUCACAGCAUAGAAGUCCAUGACUGGCACAAAGUGCAUCGACAUGCAUUGAAGUCAAGAUGCUAAUUCGGCCCCAGGUGCCUUCUUUCAGUUACCUUCUCAUCCUGCAAGAUGCAGUAGGCUUUGUUCAUUUAUGUAAGCUUUGGCAAAUGUCGAGGAUUCAAAAUCUCAAAAGAUUCCCAUCCAUUUAUCGGCCACAUUUUUUUAAAAAAAAUCCCCCAAAUUUGCCAUAUGUCUUGUGAUGGUAGGGAUGGAUGGAUCUGUCAGUUUAGGUUCUCUGGUUUCUCUUUUCCCCCAUUAUGACUGCAUCCACCCAGUCCGUGAUGCUGUAUAGCUUUCAGCAUAGGCUGACAAUGCAUCUCCUUACCCUGACAGCCAAGGAAUGUUGUUUUUAUGACCUGCCUGAAAAGUAUGGCUGUUUGGGGUUGGUGGUUUUUAAAUGGUUGCUUUUGUUUAAAUUUAUGUUGUUGUUGUGUCCUUAUAGGGAAGGGUGAGCAAGAAAUUGAAGAAACAAAUAUACUGACUAGCAGCAGCUCCCCAUGAGUCUUUCCCAGGCCUUUCUAGAGAUACCAGGAUUGAAUCUGAUACCUUCUACUGUAUAUACAAAGCUGUUUUUUCCCCUAAGCAAGGGGGAUGGUUGUGGCUCAGAGGCAGAGCAGACGGUUUGUAUGCCAAAGGCUGCAGAUCUGAUCCCUGGCAUGUCCAGGGUAGGGCUGGGAGAGACCCCUGUCUCAAACUCUGAAGAGCUGCUGUAAGUCAGGCUAGAUGAUGCAAGCCAGGUGGAACAAUGGUAUGUUCCUGUGACUGCCAAGUUCUGUGUUCUGUACCACCACUGGUCUAAUCGCUUGGUUUUUGCUCCCUAGCAUGAUGGGAAAGAUGAUGACAGCAGCAGCAGCUCAGACAGCGAUUCUGAAAAGGUAAUGAGAUGCUUGGUAGACUGAAUGGGAAGGGGUUCAGCUGCUGGCAGGUAGGUAGGGAUGCCGAUGCUGAGGCUGAGGCUGAGGCUGAUUAUUAUUUGGUCCCAUAUUAUUUUAGCAGACAACACUCCCCCCCCCACUUUUUAUCCAAGUUAAAGAAAGAGCCACUUUCUAAAUGUUUGCCUUUCAGUAGGCCUGCUGGAAAGCUAAUUGGCAGCCCUGCCUGUAUUCACUGCCAAUGUACUAGCAGCAGACACAGUCUAGUCCUUCAGAGAGGACGUAAACCUUUGUCUGGGCUGUACCACUUCAGACUUCAGUUGUGGACUUUCAUGUUGCAAGGCACUCCAUGGUAUCAACAACCACCCAUCUCCUUGACAUGCCAGUUUAUGCUGUGGGGGUUUCAUUGUACAGUGGUACCUUGGUUUACGAACUUAAUCCGUUCCUGGAGUCCGCUCUUAAACAAAACCUGUUCUUAAACCAAGGCGUGCUUUCCCUAAUGAGGUCUCCCACCACCGGUGCCCUUCCACUGUUCGGCUUCCGUUCGCAAACCGGAACACUACUUCCAGUUUUGUGGAGUUCGUAAACUGAAUAGUUCGUAAACAGGGCUGUUCGUAAACCGAGGUAUCACACAAUCACAUAACACCCCCAUCCACACCCAAUGGCAGUCUGAAGUGGUACAAACCAAAUGAAGGUUUUAGUACCCCUGUGAGAAGUAUUGGAAUAUUUAUAUCCCACUUUAAGAUUGGAAGAUCGUUAAGGCGGCUUACAGUAGACUUCAAUAAUGUAUGGACAUUUACAAGCCUGAAACCCACACCACACUUUUAAGUCCUGUUACCAAUGGAUGGUCAGUUGGCAGAUGAUUCCUUUGAAGUCCCAGUGCAACUGGCAGCUGAAGCUGAAUGUGUUUUUUCUAGCAGGGAAGGGGGGGAGUAAGCAGUUUCCUAUAAUUGCUCCUUCUUUGGCUGGUGGAUGGGCCAGACUGCCCUCCUUCUUGCUAUCAUCACCCUGUAUUUGCAUGCUCUGGGCAGAUACAGUGAGAAACUGUGUGGUCUCAGGUGCAAAAGCACUUCUGCCUCUGAAGAAAAGAGAAGCAAUGGCAGCGAGGAUGAAAACUGUCCCUGAUAAAAAAUAUCCCUGCUUGAACUAACAGAAGCCUCUGCUUUUUGGAAUGUGGUUAUCAUAAUGAAAGGCGAAAGAAGGUUGAGGGAUUGUGAAAUGUUCCUCAGCUCCAAAUUACAUUCUCCCUUCUUGUAUGCCGCAGGCUCGCAGUGGUGACAAGAAGAAAAAGAAGGAAAAGGAUUAAAUUUGGGGCAGCCAACAACUAGCAGAGGACAUGAGCCGAGUUGCCUAAGAAUGUCUUCAGGGCAUUUGGAAAGGAAGGAAGAAGUGUCUGGGUUCAAUGCAUGUAAAACGAAGUGUAUUUGUUUUGUUUUCCAUUAAAACUUAAUACUCUUGUUUAA